AUGGAUGAAGAGGAUUAUUCUGAUAUCUCUGAGAGUCAGCGCCAUGCUGCGGAACGAGAAAUCAGGAUGCGAGAGAAGGAGGAGGGAAGAAUGUCUGGGAGAAUGAGAAGAGGUCUGAUGUAUGAAGAUUCUGAUGAUGAUGAAGAUCGUCCAGCCAGAAAGAGAAGAAUAGCUGAACGGGCUGCUGAGGGUGAUAUUGAUGAUGAUGAUAUGAUAGAGAGUAUAGAGAAUUUAGAAGAUAUGAAGGGUCAUUCUGUCAGAGAAUGGGUAGCCAUGUUGGGUCCUAAAACAGAAAUUAAAAACAGAUUUAAAAACUUCCUCAGAACAUUCGUUGAUCAGAAAGGACAUAAUGUGUACAGAGAAAAAAUACGUCAGAUGGUUGAAGCUAACAAGGGGAGUUUAAUUAUAGAUUAUAAUAUGCUGGCUUCAGUGGAACAAGUCUUAGCUUAUUUCUUACCAGAGGCACCCACAGAGAUGUUACAGAAUUUUGAUGAGGCUGGUAAAGAAGUUGUAUUAAGUAUGUAUCCUAACUAUGAAAGAAUUGCUAAAGAAAUACACAUUAGAAUUGCUGAAUUACCAUUGAUAGAGGAUUUACGUUCUCUAAGACAACUACAUUUAAACCAGUUGAUAAGAACGGGAGGCGUGGUAACUAGCUGUACUGGUGUUUUACCACAACUUAGUAUUAUAAAAUAUGAUUGUAAUAAAUGUGGCUUUAUCCUCGGUCCAUUUUACCAGAAUCAAAACCAGGAGGUCAAACCUGGAACUUGUCCUGAGUGUCAGUCUACAGGACCGUUUGAGAUUAACAUGGAACAAACUAUCUAUAAGAACUAUCAGAGAAUAACACUACAAGAAAGUCCAGGAAAAGUUCCAGCUGGGAGACUACCUAGAUCUAAAGAUGCUAUACUACUAGAUGACUUGGUGGACAUGUGUAAACCAGGCGAUGAAAUUGAGUUGACAGGUGUCUAUCAUAAUAACUACGAUGGCUCGUUAAACAUGUCCAAUGGUUUCCCAGUGUUUGCCACAGUUAUCCAGUCAAAUUACAUCACUAAGAAAGAUGACAAGAUGGCCGCCGCUAGCCUGACGGAUGAAGAUAUCAAGGCUGUAAUAGCUUUGUCUAAAGAUGAACGUAUUGGAGAAAAGGUUUUUGCUAGUAUUGCUCCAUCAAUUUAUGGGCAUGAGGACAUCAAAAGAGCAGUGGCACUAGCCAUGUUUGGAGGAGAACCCAAAAAUCCUGGAGGCAAACACAAAGUGCGUGGUGACAUUAAUAUUCUAUGUUGUGGGGAUCCCGGAACAGCCAAAUCCCAGUUUUUGAAAUACGUAGAAAAGACUGCCUCUCGUGUUGUGUAUGCUACAGGACAGGGUGCUUCAGCUGUAGGUUUGACUGCCUACGUACAGAGAAACCCUGUGUCUAAAGAAUGGACUUUAGAAGCUGGUGCCCUGGUUUUAGCUGAUAAAGGAAUUUGUCUGAUUGAUGAGUUUGAUAAGAUGAAUGAUGCCGACAGAACCAGUAUUCACGAAGCAAUGGAACAACAGAGUAUAUCUAUCUCUAAGGCUGGUAUAGUUACCUCCCUUCAAGCACGAUGUACCAUUAUAGCAGCUGCUAAUCCUAUUGGUGGAAGAUAUGACCCCUCCUUGACCUUCUCUGAAAACGUUGAUCUAACGGAACCUAUUUUGUCCAGGUUUGAUAUUCUAUGUGUGGUACGAGAUACAGUAGAUCCUGUACAAGAUGAAAGAUUAGCUAACUUUGUCGUGGCCAGUCACAUGAGACAUCAUCCCAAUGAAUGUAUAAAUACAACGGGAGCUGAACCUUUGCCUCAAGAUUUACUCAAGAAAUACAUCAUCUACGCCAAGGAGAAAGUUCACCCGAAAUUACAUCAGAUGGACCAAGAUAAGAUCGCUAAGAUGUACUCUGACCUUCGUAGAGAAUCUAUGGCUACCGGUAGUAUACCGAUUACGGUACGUCAUAUAGAAUCUAUGAUUCGUAUGGCCGAGGCUCAUGCUAGGAUGCAUCUCCGAGAUUAUGUUAAUGAUGAUGAUGUUAACAUGGCUAUCAGGAUUAUGUUAGAGAGUUUUAUCAGUACCCAGAAAUUUAGUGUUAUGAGAAGCAUGAGAAAGACAUUUGGAAGAUACCUGGCAUUCCGUAAAGAUAACAACGAACUAUUGUUAUUUAUCCUGAAACAACUGGCCCAGGAUCAGAUGAUGUUUCAGAAGAACAGGUUUGGUCUGGAACAGGACACUAUUGAAAUAUCUGAGAAAGAUUUGGCUGAUAAGGCGCGGCAGAUCAACAUUCACAAUUUAACAUCAUUUUACGACAGUGAUAUAUUUAGAAUCAACCAUUUCUCACAUGACUCAAAACGAAAAAUCAUUAUCCAGUCUUUUUAA